GAUUCUAUGUGUCGUCUUAGAAACUGAUGCCAGCCACUCACACAAUCAUACUCGCUUUGGCUCAGCUAAGGUAUCUACACCUACGCAUCCCAACGAAAGGUUGAUCACUGAUGUCACUUAUGAGUCUAGUAUUGCCAGUGUGGAGCCCACAUUCCCUGAGAAUCUCUUUGUCAAUUAUAUGGCACGCAUUCACCGUGAUGAGGACUUUGCCUUUAUUCUUUCUGGUGUCACUCGUCUUCUCAAUAAUCCGCUUAUUCAAACUUAUUUGCCAGGAUCUACAAAGCGAGUACAACUGCACCAAGAGUUAUUGAUCUUGUUUUGGCGCAUGUGCGACAUCAACAAAAAAUUCAUGUACUAUGUUCUUAAGUCUAGCCAGGUAUUGGAUAUUUUGGUCCCAGUACUAUACCAUUUAAAUGAUGCCAGACAAGAUCAAAAUCAGUUUCAGUGGGUUGGCCUGGUGUGCACUAGCACCAGCUUCGGAGAAGGAACAUCUACGGCUUUUUGUGAGUGGAUGGCGCACGGUAUGUGUUAUGUUAUUGAACAGAACAGGCUAUGA